CUGAAAGAACGAUAUCCCCGCGAACCAUGGCAAAAUCUAAGUCCCCGUCACUCUCGCCAACACAAAAUGAAGAUGAUCACCCUUACGCCGUCCAAGUUAAUCGCCCCAUGACACCGCCAGGAACCUUUUCUCCAACACGCAAGGAAGAUAAUCAUCUCUACGCUAUCGAAGUCGAUCCCCCGGUGACCCCAACAGGGAAUUUUCAUCACGGAUCCCCACGUGCUCGAGACAAUGGCGUUGGCAACAUCAGGAUGGGAGGCUGGGAGACGACCUCGUGCUGCGGCUGCUUCAAGCACUGCGUGCCCAAUUGCUGCAUGGUCACGUUUUGCCCGUGUGUGACGCACGCGCAGAUUACAGCUCGCUUGGGAAUGGCGUCGUAUUGGUGCGCACUCGCCACACUAUUUACGUUGGUGGUGCUGACCGGCGGCACGGUGCAUGCGAUCCUCUUCAUCUGGAUCUGGAAGGCGCGUGCGCUAACUCGUGAACGCUUCCAGAUCCCGGGUGGCUGCUGCCGAGACUGCUGCGCCUCCCUAUUUUGCCCGUGCUGCACACUUGCUCAGAUCGCCACGCACAUCAAGAGCUACCAACCUGGAAGCUGCGACUUCGGACCACCAGAUACGCUGCCACCCUACUCGCGCACUCAACCAUGUGUAGAGAAGAUUUACCCGACCGCUAAGGACUCUACACCAGCCGUGACGACCUCUUCGACGGUCCCCGCCGCUACAUCUUCUUCUACGUCGAGGAAUAUCUGGGCUGGAUCCGACUCCGAUUUCGUGCCGUCUCCUGAAGUCGCCGUGGCAUCAGAUACUGCGGUUGUGCGUCCAGUGAAGCGUCGGAAGGUUGCGGCGAAAGGGAAAGUGGCCAAGGUGAAGGCCAUUAAACCUCCUCUGGAUGGUAACCUACGUAGUGUGCUGCCUCCUCCCCCGGCCUCUCCUGUUUCUGACUUAGGGGUCCCGCUUUCAUUGACACACUCAAGGAAGAAAGCGAAAUCCGUGAAAGCCUUCCACCCAAGUGUACCGCAACAUUUGUCUGCUGUGCUGUGA